AUGUCAUCAUUAGUUAUUGGACUUGAUAUAGGAGGUAGUCAUAUUACAGCAGCUCUUAUACGUAUUAAACAAUUAUCAAAUCAAAAUUUAUCUAUCGAAAGAGAUCAAUUAUAUUCAUGUCCAUAUAGAAUAACUAUAGACAAAGAUCCACGUUCAAUUAUUUCGACUUGGAUUGAUUGUAUUGAUGAUCUUCUUCAAGAUUUUGCUAAUGAUUAUAGAGAAAAUGAUACUAUUAUUGGUAUUGCUUGUGGUAUACCAGGACCAAUGGAUUAUGAACGUGGCAUAAGUUAUAUUCAAUCAACAACAUUACAUAAAUGUAAUAAUUUUUUUGGUCUUAAUUUACGUUUAUCAUUUCAACAUGGUCUUAGAGAACUUAUAUCUCGUUGGAAAUAUAUGUUUGAAGCUAAAUAUUCUAUAUCAUCAUGUUCAAGUAUAUCCAAUUUAAGAAAAGAAAUAAUUUGUAAAAAAUUACAACAAACAAACCAAAUAACAAUAAAGUCAUCGAAAAAAUUAAAUACUUAUUUUAAUUUAACUCUAGUACCAACAAUAAACGGAGAAUUUCAAAAACCAAAAUUAUCAAUAAAAGACAUGAGAAAUUAUUGUGGUCAACAUGAAAAUGAUGAGUGUUAUAAUCAAAAUAAAAUGAAUGAUUCACCUGAUAAAAUAUAUUUUGAUGAUAAGAAAAUAAAUUCAAUAGAAACAUCUCUAACAAAUGAUAAUACUUCUCUAAAAUUAUUGUCAGUUAUUGAAAAAUUAUCUGAAAUACCGAUUUCAUUCUAUAAUGAUGCAACAUGUUUUGCUGUCGGUGAAGCAACUAGUAUUCAUAAUAGAGAUUAUGAACGUAUUCUUGCUUUAACACUUGGUACUGGUUUUGGUUCAACUUUUAUUGAUCAUUGUGAAAUUAUUAUAAAUCGUUCGGAUGUACCAUCUGGUGGAAUGCUUUGGAAUUGUUCAUAUGAUGAAAAUUCUAUAGCGGAUGAUUGGUUUUCAACACGUGGUUUAAUUAAAAUUUAUAAUACAAUUCUUCAACAAGAAUUAUCCGAUAAUCAUUCAGAUGAAUCAACAAAUAAACAACAAUCAUCAUCAAAUAUUUAUGAAAAAUCAGAUAUAGUUGAUGGCCAUUCUCUUACUGAACAAGCAUCUAAUGGUGAUGAAAAUGCUAUAAAAGCUUUUCAAAUAUUUGCUCAGCGUUUAGGAAAUUUUUUAGUACCACACCUGAAAAAAUUUAAAGCUGAUCUGAUUGUGAUUGGUGGUGGUAUUGCUCAAGCCUGGUAUUUAAUUGAAAAUGAACUUAAUAUAACUCUUAAAAAAUCUUGUGACGUUCAAGUUUACUUUAGUCUUUCACAUGAAAAAUCAAUUUGUCUCGGUGCUGUUCAACAACAAUUAUCAAUAUUAACUAAAUCAGAAAGUAAAUUUAUUCGACAAACUUUUCAAAAUCUUCUACCUGUGAUUAAAACAAUAAAUACAGAUCAAUAUGAUUUAUAUCCAUGUCAUGAAAUUCCAAUAGGUUAUAUUGGUAUAGGAUAUAAAAAAUUAAAUGAAGAAAUGUUUCGUUUAUUGGAACAACAUAAAAUAUUAUUAAUUGAUGGAUUUGUUGGAGCAUAUUUUGAUGCAUAUGCUUAUGAAUUAAACAAAUAUUAUACUCAAAGAAUGAAAACAAAAAAUUUACCAUCAUUAGUUUUUUAUGAUACUCGAACAUUUUUCAAAACAGAUACAAAUAAUAUACAAGAAUUAUAUCUUCAAUAUUCGAAAUCAGUAUUUGGUAAAUUAGCAACUGAUUUAGAUUUUAAAAAUGAUUUUAUUGAUUUAAAUAAAUUAAAGUAUUUAAAAAAUAAUCUUUCAUAUCCAUGUGUUAUUAUUGGACCUGGUGCUUCAUUUAUAAAUGAAAUAGCUCCACUUAUUUAUAUUGAUUUAACAAAAAAUGAACUUUAUUAUCGUGUUUAUGCACAAACAGCAUUUUCUUAUUUAAAACCAACAGAAAUAAUUCAAGAAGAGAAUUCAUUAAAAUCAAAUGAUAAUGAUGAUUAUGAAUUAUCACCAGCUGCGUAUGAAAGAAAAUGUCUUUAUUUUCUUGAUUAUCCGAUAUUUAAUAAACUUAAACAAGAACUUUUACCUCGCAUGACUUUUUAUGUUGAUGAUCAAAGACCAAAUUGUCCAACAUGGCUUCAUGGUCAUACAUUCCGUCAAGCACUUGCAUAUCUUGCUAAUGUACCUAUUCGUGUACGACCAUGGUUUGAAGCAGGUGCAUGGGGUGGUCAAUGGCUUAAAUCAAUUUGUACAGAUAUAUCAAAAUUAUCGAAAAAUUAUGCGUGGUCAUUUGAAAUGAUAACAUCAGAAAAUGGUAUUAUAUUAUCAGAUAAAAAUAAUCAUCUUCUGGAAUUUUCGUGGGAUCUUUUUUAUAGUUCACAAGCAAAUAGAAUACUUGGAAAUGAUAAACAUUAUAGAUUAUUUGGUGGUUGGAAUGAUUUUCCAAUACGUUUUGAUUUUCUUGAUACAAUGGAUGGAGGAAACUUAUCUAUACAAUGUCAUCCAAAUUUACAAUAUAUGCGUACACAUUUUGGAGAAAAAAUAACACAAGAUGAAACAUAUUAUAUUGUCGAAACAAAACAACAUUGGAAAGAAGAAUAUAAAAAUGACAAAAACUCAUCUGCUCAUGUUUAUCUUGGUUUUCAUGAUAAUGUCAAUCCUGAAGAAUUCCAUCAAGAUCUACUUUUAAGUCAUCGAGAGCAACAAGAAUUAAAUGUUGAAAAAUAUAUUCAAUGUAUUCCAUCAAAUAUGCAUGAUUUUUUUCUCAUACCUAAUGAAACGGUACAUGGAUCUGGUCAAAAUCAAGUUGUACUUGAAAUUUCUGCAACACCUUAUAUAUAUACAUUUAAAUUAUAUGAUUGGUUAAGAUUAGAUCUUGAUGGUCGUCUUCGUCCAUUAAAUAUUGAACAUGGAAUGAAAAAUUUAAAAUUCGACCGACGUGGUGAACAACUUCGUUCUCAACCCAAAACUAUGAAAUUUGAACAAGAUAAAUAUGAAGAACAACAUUUACCAACACAUGAUCUACAUUUUUAUGAUGUACAACGUCUUAUUAUAGAACCAGAUGAAUCUAUUGAAAUAAUUCGAUCAACAGAAAAUCGAUUUCAUCUAUGUAUGUUAGUUGAAGGUGAUGCAAUUGAAAUAGAAUUUAAUACAAUUGAUUAUAAUGAACAAAAACAAAUACUACAAUACAAUUAUAUUGAAACAUUUUUAAUUCCAGCAUCAAUUAAUCAAUAUCGUGUUAGACCAAUAAUUAAAAAUAAAACUAAUGGAAAGAAACCUCGUCAAUUUGUCUUACUUAUUGCUUAUCUCAAAUGGGAUUGUGAAAAAUUACUUGAAUAA